GCUUUUUCUUUUUCUUAAAAAAAAAUGUAUUUUCCAUUCCCUUACACGCAAUACUAUCCCCAAACAACAUCAACAGUGAUGCCCCAGCCCGGCGGAAUUCCGAUGGACACGGUGCCACCGGUCUCUUUCCCGCCACCGGACAUUUAUGCAGCUACAGCCAAGCGUCGUCGCGAUGAGUUUGACGUGGCUGAUGAACCGGAAGGAUCGGCAGCGAAACGUGCGAAAGCUCAAGAUGUCAUUUUUAGGAUUGUAGUGCCGUCGAGGCAGAUCGGGAAGGUUAUUGGCAAGGUUGGCUGUCGUAUUCAGAAGAUUCGAGAAGAAACUAAAGCUACCAUUAAAAUCGCCGAUGCCAUUGCGCGUCAUGAAGAGCGCGUGAUAAUUAUAAGUUCCAAGGAGAGUGAUUGCGUUGUUUCUGAUGCUGAGAAUGCUCUCAAGAAAAUAGCCACUUUGAUUCUAAAGGAAGAUGAAAGUCCGGCAGAGAGCUCCAAAGUGGUUGGUGCAGGGCAUCUGGGUGCGAACACUAUAAGAUUAUUAAUUGCAGGGUCCCAGGCUGGUUCUUUGAUAGGGGUUUCUGGUCAAAACAUUGAGAAAUUAAGGAAUUCCUCUGGUGCCACCAUCACUGUCUUGGCUCCCAAUCAGUUGCCUCUCUGUGCAUCUGCUCAUGAAUCUGACCGAGUCGUGCAGAUAUCAGGAGAUGUGCCUGUUGUGCUGAAAGCUGUAGAGGAGAUUGGUUGUCAGCUCAGGGAGAACCCGCCUAAACAAGUGAUUUCUAUCAGUCCUACGUACAACUAUGCCACAGUUCGACCUACUCAACCAUACGUGGACCCAACUUCAGCUGAUUAUGUAACCUUGGAGAUGAUGGUCUCGGAGACAUUGGUUGGUGGCUUGAUUGGGAGGUGCGGCUCCAACAUAUCAAGGAUCAGAAACGAAUCUGGUGCAAUGAUCAAGGUGUAUGGUGGAAAAGGUGAAAAGAAACAUAGGCACAUACAAUUUGGGGGCACUGCGCAGCAGGUAGCAUUGGCAAAGCAGAGGGUAGAUGAAUACAUCUAUUCACAGCUGGUACAACAAGCUGGUGGUGGUCAAGCUCAACUGUCACUUAUGCGGAGAUGAGCUUGUAGAAAUUCACUACCGCCUAAUGAUUCACAGCACUCACUGUUUCCUUCUUCAUCAAUGUUGAUAUAAAGAUGAGGCAUGUAGUUGGACGUGACCUGUGCUUUUUGUUGGGUGACGAUGUACAAGAUCUUGUUCGAUGAAUGCCCUAGUAUCGUGUAAUGUUUGAUUUGGAAGGUUAAAUUGGAUUUGUCAACAUCUUUUCUAAUCGGUAAACAUUAGAUAUACUGAAAGCCAAGUAAUUGUGGUUGGAAUGUAACUAUCAGUUGGCUUUGAACUUACCAACUUGAAUAUAAAGGAACAUUAUAACGGCA